AUGACCACUACUUCAAAUGAUUUGAUUACUGAGGAGCCUCGUGCUCCUCACGUUCCUCGUUUGACGAGACGAUUGACUGGUUUUUUGCCCCAAGAGAUCAAGAAUAUCGAUACGAUUAUCCCUUUGAAAUCGAGAAAUAUUUGGAAUAAACACCAGGUGAAAAAGUUUGAAGAUAAGGAGGGGUUUGAAGGCCGGUUCAUCGGACAUGUGGAGACUACAUUGGCAAGAUCGCUGUAUAACUGUGAUGAUUUGGCUGCCUACGAGUCCACUUCUCUUAGUGUGCGUGAUAACUUAAUUAUCGACUGGAAUAACACGCAGCAAAGGAUCACUGCUAGAGAUCCAAAGAGGGUUUAUUAUCUAUCUCUGGAAUUUUUGAUGGGUAGAGCAUUGGACAAUGCGUUAAUCAACAGUCAGGCUGGUUCUGACGAGCCAACGUCGAGACCGAUGGUCGAAAAGUCGUUGGACGAGUUGGGAUUCAAUCUGGAAGAUGUUUUGAAGAAGGAACCGGAUGCCGCAUUAGGUAAUGGUGGUCUAGGACGUUUGGCUGCUUGUUUCAUUGAUUCAAUGGCCACUCAGAACAUUCCUGCUUGGGGCUACGGGUUACGUUAUGAAUAUGGAAUAUUUGCACAAAAGAUUAUUGAUGGUUAUCAAGUCGAAACCCCAGAUUAUUGGUUGAAUUUUGGAAAUCCAUGGGAAAUUGAACGUAAUGAAAUCCAGGUUCCAGUUACAUUUUAUGGUUAUGUUGAUAGAAGUGAUGGCGAAUCGACAACUUUAUCUCCAUCGGAUUGGAUUGGCGGUGAGAGGGUUUUAGCGGUCGCUUAUGAUUUCCCUGUUCCUGGUUAUAAGACCUCGACGGUCAAUAAUCUUAGAUUAUGGAAGGCAAAACCAACUACUGAAUUUGAUUUUGCAAAGUUCAAUUCUGGUGAUUAUAAGAAUUCUGUAGAUGCGCAACAACGUGCUGAAUCAAUAACCGCUUGUCUUUAUCCGAACGAUAAUUUCAAUCAAGGUAAAGAAUUAAGAUUAAAACAACAAUACUUUUGGUGUGCUGCUUCAUUGCAUGAUAUUAUAAGAAGAUUCAAAAAAACUUCGAGACCUUGGUCAGAAUUACCAGAUCAAGUUGCAAUUCAAUUGAAUGAUACUCAUCCAACUCUAGCAGUUGUUGAAUUACAAAGAGUACUAGUUGAUCUUGAGAAAUUAGAUUGGCAUAAGGCUUGGAGUAUUGUGACUGCCACUUUUUCAUAUGCAAACCAUACGGUCAUGCAGGAAGCCUUGGAAAAAUGGCCAAUUGGAUUGUUUGGUCAUUUGUUACCAAGACAUUUGGAAAUUAUCUAUGAUAUCAAUUGGUUUUUCUUACAAGAGGUUGAAAAGAAAUUUCCAAAAGAUUUUGAUCUGCUAAGUCGUGUUUCAAUAAUCGAAGAGUGUUCGCCAGAGAGACAAGUUAGAAUGGCGUACUUAGCUAUUGUUGGAUCUCAUAAAGUUAAUGGUGUCGCUGAGUUACACUCUGAAUUGAUUAAAAAGACGAUUUUCAAAGAUUUUGUAAAAGUGUAUGGUUCUCAAAAAUUCACUAAUGUCACAAAUGGUAUCACACCAAGAAGAUGGUUAAAACAAGCAAAUCCAAAGUUAGCUGAGCUGAUCGGUAAGGCAUUGAAUGAUCCCAAACAAAAUUUCUUGCUAGAUAUGCCAAAAUUAACAGAGUUAGCUAAGAAGGCAGAUGACCCUGAAUUUCAAAAGGCAUGGGAUCUAGUGAAGGCAAACAAUAAAUUACAACUAGCUGAUUUAAUCAAGGACACCAAUAACGGUGUUGAUAUCAUUGAUAGAGAACAUAUCAAAGAUACCUUAUUUGAUAUUCAAGUGAAACGUAUCCAUGAAUAUAAACGUCAACAAAUGAAUAUUUUCGGUGUCAUUUAUCGUUACUUGGCAAUGAAAAAGAUGUUAAAGGAGGGGUCAACAAUUGAAGAAGUUGCUAAAAAAUAUCCAAGAAAGGCAUCAAUAUUUGGUGGUAAAAGUGCUCCUGGUUACUAUAUGGCAAAAUUGAUUAUCAAGUUAAUAAACUCUGUUGCAGAGAUUGUCAACGAUGAUGCAGAAAUUGUGGAUUUGUUGAAGGUUGUCUUUAUUCCUGAUUACAACGUUUCAAAAGCUGAAAUAAUUAUUCCUGCUAGUGAUUUAAGUGAGCAUAUUUCAACCGCAGGUACCGAAGCUUCGGGUACAUCAAAUAUGAAAUUCGUUAUGAACGGUGGUUUGAUUAUUGGUACGGUCGAUGGUGCUAAUGUCGAGAUCACUAGGGAAAUUGGUGAAGACAAUAUCUUUUUGUUUGGUAACCUGAGCGAACAUGUCGAGGAAUUGAGAUAUAACCACCAAUACAAAAAGACUGAGCUUCCUCCAGAGCUGGCUCAAGUGUUGAAAUCAAUCGAAAGUGGUGUCUUUUCACCAGAAAAUCCAAACGAGUUCAAACCAUUGAUAGACAGUAUUAAGAGCCAUGGUGAUUAUUACUUGGUAAGUGAUGAUUUUGAGUCUUAUGUGGCUACUCAGGAGUUGGUCGACGAGGUCUACCACACUCAGAAAAAUGAUUGGAUCAAGAAGAGUAUCUUGAGUGUUGCAAACAUCGGUUUCUUUAGCAGUGAUCGUUGUAUUGAAGAGUAUUCUGAGACCAUUUGGAAUGUCGAACCGGUGAAACCUGAGACCUAA